UUCCCCGAGUGUGUGAUGUGCUGCAAAUGCAGUGGGAAGAACAAGUCCAGUGCCAGCAGGAACUCUCCAAGGAGAAGGCAGGAGACCUGGCCACGGAGCAGCCAGCCCCAGGAUGCGAGGGGCAGUGGGACAAUAUGAGCUGCUGGCCUGCCUCUGUGCCCGGACGCACCGUGGAAGUGGAGUGUCCGCGAUUCCUCAAGAUGCUCACGGGCAGAAACGGUACCAUGUUUCGAAACUGCACACGGGACGGCUGGUCGGAAACCUUUCCCAGGCCUGACCUGGCCUGUGGGUUUAACGUGAAUGACUCAUCCCACGAGAAGCGGCAUUCGUACCUGCUGAAGUUGAAGGUCAUGUACACCGUGGGCUACAGCUCCUCCUUGGUGAUGCUCCUGGUCGCCCUCAGCAUCCUCUGCGCUUUCCGGAGGCUCCACUGUACCCGAAACUACAUCCACAUGCACCUGUUUGUGUCUUUCAUCCUGCGUGCCCUGUCCAACUUCAUCAAGGACGCCGUGCUUUUCUCCUCGGACGAUCUCAGCCACUGCGGUGCUCACAGGGUGGGUUGCAAGCUGGUAAUGGUCUUCUUCCAGUACUGCAUCAUGGCCAACUACGCCUGGCUGCUGGUGGAAGGCCUGUACCUCCACACACUCCUCGUCAUCUCCUUCUUCUCAGAAAGGAAGUGCCUGCACGGAUUUGUUGUCCUUGGAUGGGGUUCCCCAGCCAUUUUUGUUGCUUCAUGGGCCAUCACCAGGUACUUUCUGGAAGAUGUUGGGUGCUGGGAUAUCAACACCAACGCGUCCAUCUGGUGGGUCAUUCGAGGGCCUGUGAUCCUCUCUAUCCUGAUUAAUUUCAUCCUUUUUAUAAACAUUCUAAGGAUCCUGAUGAGGAAACUUAGAACCCAAGAAUCAAGAGGAAAUGAAAUGAACCAUUAUAAGCGCCUGGCCAAGUCCACCCUUCUGCUGAUCCCCCUCUUUGGAGUCCACUACAUCAUCUUUGCCUUUUCCCCAGAGGAUGCCAUAGAGGUCCAGCUGUUUUUUGAACUGGCUCUUGGUUCAUUCCAGGGCUUGGUGGUGGCUUUCCUCUACUGUUUCCUCAAUGGGGAGGUGCAGCUGGAGGUUCAGAAGAAGUGGCACCAGUGGCAGUUCUGGGAGUUCCCACUGCACCCCAUGGCCCUCAGCUCCUCCAUCAGCAAUGGCACUAGUGGCCUCACCCACAGCACCAAGGCCAGCACCUCGGACCAAAGCAGGGGCUCUCACCGGGCCAGUGUCAUCUGAGAAGCUGGAGCAGGGCCACCCACGACCCGGGCUGAUGUGGACCCUAGACACUGCUGCUGGACAGUCAGUCAGCGUCCGGCAGCCAGUUGCCUUCUGUGACCAAUGAGACCCGUCCUCAGGUCUUCAGUUGAGGGGGUUGAUAAUUCCUCAGAACUGUAGGAACUUGGGGCACCAUGUGUGGGAAGGAGCCUGAGAUUUAGUUCCAUUAUAUUUUCCAGGAAGAGCAGACCAUAGGUUCCAGGAGGCAGG